ACUUAUAUUUAUUAAAAAAUUUUAUCUCGCCCUCUCAACUCUUAUUGGCAUAGAUGAAUGAUGUAUUUAAUGAGACGAUCAGCCUUGAUUCAAGCUACAAUAAUGAUAUUCUUAGCUACCUACCUGAGGUUUCUGGAGAUCAACAGCUCCCAAGCAUGCUGCCUGCAUCUGGGAAUAUACUUGAAGCAAGCAAUUGCCCAGAGUCGGUGGAUCCAGCGGUCCCUGUUAACAGUGGCAGCCCAAAUGAACUGACUGGUUUCAGAAAGGAGAUUUCUGAUGACGAGACAAAAGCCCUCCUAAAGGAGCGUCAGAAAAAGGACAAUCAUAACCUUAUUGAAAGGCGACGACGAUUCAACAUUAAUGACAGGAUCAAAGAGCUAGGAACUUUGAUCCCCAAGUCUAACAAAUUGGAGGUGCGCUUGAACAAAGGAAACAUCCUUAAGGCCUCAGUUGAUUAUAUCAGAAAGCUGCAGAAAGAGCAACAACGGGCCAAAGAUCUGGAGAAGCAACAGCAUAUACUGGAGCAAGCCAAUCGAAGCCUGCAGCUUAGAGUCCAGGAACUGGAACUACAAGCCCAAAUCCAUGGCCUUCCAAUAUAUUCUGUUUUGAAGCCUGAGGAAAUUGAAGGCAGCUAUAUUCCACAAUUCUCACCUCCACAUGCAUUACUGAACCUCCAUUUUCCUAUGGAUCCAAUGUAUGAUGUAGGAGAAGAUCCCUUCCACCUAGGCCUGGAAGGCAUUCUGAUGAAUGAGGAAGCAGCUAUGGGUCCAAAUCCUGCCCUGGGGAUCCCAUCUUUAACUCUGUCUCCACUCAGGGCCACCACUGAUCCCCUGCUUUCCUCUGUCUUCCCAGCUCCUUCCAAAUGUAGCAGCAGCCACAGAUGCAGCUUCAACAUGGAAGAAGAACCUUAAAUAUCUUCUCCCUUACUCAUAGAAUUGAAGCUAGACCCCACUCUAGGGUAUUCUGUCUAUUUACAUCUUGAACCAUGCCUCAGCUAUAGUUUCCUGAAUAUUCUAAAACCAUAUUUCAUGUUCUAAGCUUCAACACUUUCAAGAAAUUUCAACACUUGCCCUUGGGAG